AGCACACUCCAAGACACUAGGACUGAAUUCUGUAUGAACAUUUUAAAUGUUUAGUCAACAUGUGUCUUAAAAAAUGUAAAAAAAUAUAUAUAUUAGUGGUCCGCAAGUUGUCACCUGGAUUUAUGAUUUCAACUAAUCAACUAUAAGCAAAAGAUGAAAAUCAGUGGAAGGCUCACUGUGUUGCAGAUGAAGUUGAUGGAGAGGCUGCGGUUUUCCUCUUGCCAGUCUUAAUGCGAAGUAGCGCCGGCGAGAAGAAGACGAACAAGAAGAAGAAAAAGAAGAAGAAGAAGGAGAAGAAGAAGAAAAGGGGGUCUGGGUUGGGGUGGGGGGAGAAAACAGUGAAGCUGGUUUUCCGAAGCCCGUCUACUUUCCCAGAUUUCAUCACCAUGGCUUGGAGCGGAGGGAGACAACGAGCGUCUUAUCGAGCAAUCCACUAUUUACAAUAAAACUGCUGUUGAUUUCCAAGCGUGGACUGAAAGGGAAGGUGAUGACCUUGAUGGUGCCAUGUAAAUGACUGAAGACCAUGAAGCCCACACACAAGCUGCUGUUCGUCCUGUGCCCCAUGCUGGUCCUGGGCUUUAUUUACUAUUCCUCUGGGAAGCUACACCUGCAUGUAUGGGGCCAGAAGCCACAGAGUGAUGCAGGAGCGACAUCUGUAGCCCUGACUAAAGGUGCUGAAGUGAAAAGAAUUUCAGAGGUGGAAACAGACAUCACCGUGGGACGAAUAGUAGGCUCAGUGUAUGAUAAACAGGGCUUUCUACUGAAGCUGGAUACAAAAUUGCCACCGGAGUUGGCAUACAAGUAUGGUAAUCUCAGCGAAGGAGUGUGUAAGCCAGGAUAUGCAGCAGCCAAGAUGACCACCAUCUACCCUAAGUUCAUGAAACCAGCUCCUAUGUUUCUUGAUCGGAACUUCAAACGCCUAGCAAAAGUCAGCAAUUACUUACCUCCAUUUGGAUUUAAAACACAAGAGAGAAUCAUAGACAGCAUUUUAACUGCCACAAAAAACUAUGGACUUGGAGAGGAACUAGACAGUUUAAGCUGUAAAAGGUGCAUCAUCGUGGGCAAUGGAGGUAUUUUGGCCAACAAGUCCCUGGGCUCCCGUAUAGAUGAAUACGAUGUUGUAGUGAGGUUGAAUGAAGCACCAGUAAGUGGGUAUGGCAGAGAUGUUGGGACCAAAACCACCAUUAGAAUUACCUAUCCAGAAGGAGCAAUCCAGAAGCCAGAAAACUAUGAGAAAGACUCGCUUUUUGUUUUUUCUGCUUUCAAACCACUGGAUUUCAAGUGGCUCAGACAGAUGGUCUUCAAAGAGAAACUGAGGGGUACAGAGGGCUUUUGGAAGUCAGUAGCCCACUACGUGCCUCGGGAGCCAAGUGAGAUGAGAAUCCUCAAUCCGUACUUCAUCCAGGAGGCUGCCUUCCAGUUCAUAGGCCUACCAUUUAACAACGGCCUCAUGGGCAAAGGGAACAUUCCAACUUUGGGGACAGUUGCUAUAACGAUGGCACUUCAUAACUGUGAUGAGGUGGCUGUGGCUGGUUUUGGCUACGACAUGAGCAUGCCCCAUGCACCUCUGCACUACUACGAGACUGUCAAGAUGUCCGCCAUUAAAGAGUCAUGGACACAUAACAUAUCUAAGGAGAAGGAGUUCCUGCGCAAACUGGUGAAAGCCAAUGUCAUCACAGACCUGACCAACGGAAUCUGAGUUUACACACACCGACAGUCUCCUUCUGCCUUUCCCAAAGGACUACAAAACAGGAUGCUGGGAAAUGGAUCAAGUAGGGGGAGGAAGAACCCCUCGGGUGGCCUUCGCACUGCCGGGGUUUUUAUAUCAAAAGAGAUUAUUUUAAAAAAAAAAGAAAAAGCUAAAGGAGGGUUUCUGUGUAGAGAUGCACUCACAUGUGCCUUCAGAACCAAAGACUCCUGCUGAUUAAAGCAGGGGGGGGCGUGGGCGUGGGGAGGACUGGGUCUGCCUGCUCUCUGUCUCAUCAAAGACAGACACAGCAAAGCUCCGCCGGCCCCGUACAUUCAGUUUGACGUUUACCACUUUGUACCCCCGAGCAUCACAUGAAUGAAUAGAGAGAGCAGGAGUGACAUGUUACCGUACAGAUGUGAGGAUUUAGUCCGACUUAUGGACUAACCGGACGAGGACGGAGAGGAGUGAAAAAGGACUGAAACGGAGACGCUUGCAGGGUUGGGCUGAGUAUUAGCAGUGCCAAACGUACCUCGUACAAAGGAGAGGUGGUCCUCCUCUCCUUUUGCUGCCUGAAUGUAUUCACUUUCCUCAGUGUAAAUAUCAAAGAUUUUUACUGUGCUUUCUACCGAGCUGCAGCAACACCCCUCCCCUUCCCCCUCCCACCCCGCGCAUCUGCUAUUUAUUCAUUCCCUCACUUUUUUAAUGUCUAGGGUCCAAAACUAACACCUGCCAAACCACUGACAGUAGGAUAUAGCGAGGGUCACCUGCCACGUUUUAGGGUUUUAUAUUAUAUACAGCACAGUGAUCAACUAAUGUGUUUGUUUUUUUGUUUUUUGUUUUUUUCAGGAAAAAUAUUGAUUAGUACUCAAGAAAAUUGAUCAAUAAUUUGGUGUUUCUAGCACAAAAUGAUGAAAUGCUUUAACGCUGAUAUAAGACACGAGUAAAGCAAAUUAAUCAAGUAAAAAAAAUGUAAUAGGAUUUAUUAUAUAUUAUUAGGUUUCCUUAUUGAGCUAUAACUGCCCAUAAACAUGACUGUGCUCAUGUCUUUUCCUGUGAUUUCUUGAUGUGGCACUUUUCCUAUCAUUAUAAGCCUUAGGUGAAGCACCAAAUCCAAAUUAAA